UUUUACAGUAUCAAAAUACCCCUUCGGCCACCGUCGCAUUCUCAUUUCACACACAGACACGCACUGUUUUUUGUAUGUAUACAUAUCAAUGUUGUCUCCAUCUCGGUUCUUCCCCAGUCCCCACUCUUUUCUUUUCCUCACAGUCCUCACAUCUCUCUCUUUGUAACAACAAAAUGGUUUUUGACUUGUGAAGGCUGGCUAGGCUUGUUAAUCAGUAAACCCGCGAGCUUUCUUUAUUGCUCCACCAAAAUUUUGCUUUCUCUUGUCAAGCUUUUAGGAUGAAGACAAUUUUUGAUUUUCUGAGUCAGAGUUUUGUGAAUGUAACUGAGUUUCAUCAGGCAUUUGUUUUCCUCUGAGAUCUGACAAGUGCUAGAGUGACAAGCCACUCGAAGGUAUGAAGCAGAGUACUCGACUCAGCUCCGCUGUUUUUCAGCUCACUCCAACUCGGACAAGGUGUGACUUGAUCAUCAUAGCCAAUGACAACAAAGAGAAAAUUGCUUCAGGAUUGCUAAACCCAUUUCUUGCACACCUAAAGACCGCUCAAGAUCAAAUUGCUAAAGGUGGUUAUUCAAUUUUGCUUGCACCAGAAAAAAGCAGUGAUGCCGCAUGGUUUACAAAGGCCACUCUGGAAAGAUUUGUUCGUUUUGUGAGCACCCCGGAGAUUUUAGAACGUGUCUAUACAAUUGAAAAUGAGAUCAUACAAAUUGAGGAGGGAAUCACCUUACAGAGAAGCAGUGAUGCUGCAGAAAUCGUCGGGGAACACAAUGGAAGAAAACCUUUCGAAGGGAAUGAAGGUGGCAAAACUUUGCCUGUUUCUAAUGAGGAGAAAGCAAUUGUCCUUUACACGCCUGGAGAAAUGCUACCUGAGACCAAUGGGUCAUGUUCGCCGGAGGAAAACUCGAGGGUUCAGCUUCUUAAGGUCCUUGAGGCCCGUAAAACCGUGUUGCAAAAAGAACAAGGAAUGGCCUUUGCACGUGCUGUGGCAGCAGGUUUUGAUAUUGAUUGCAUGGAACAUCUUAUAUCAUUUUCUAACUGCUUUGGAGCCUUGCGUUUGAUAAACUUCCAGUUAAUGGCCUCUGUUCUACGUAACAGGAAGGCGUGCUCAAAAUUCAUUGAUCUGUGGAAGAGUAAGCAUGAAACUGGACAAUGGCUUAAUAUUGAAGCAUCAGAAGAUUUGCCUGCUCGGUCAGACUUCUGUGCAAUUAAUUCGUCCGGCAUUAUUAUCAAUGAUUCAUUUAAACAUGAUGAGUCCAAUCACGAGCUGACCUCUGAAAAUAAUGGGAAAUCAGGUUCAACAAAUAAUCCUGCCCCAAACAGUGAACAAGAAUUUCAAGGACAAGUUCCUCAUAUAGUAUUUCCUCCAUGGCCUAUGCAUGCCCCAGCUGGCGCGCAUCCAGUAUUUCCAUCAUAUGCCCCUCCAAGAAUACCGUAUUAUCAGACUUACACAGGCAGUGGUCCCUUUUUACUGCCACAUCAUCACCAUGUGGAGCAUUUCUUGUCUCAUCAUGGUCCUAAUUCGGGAUACAAAAGACAAUCCCUUGAUGUUAGCAAUAGUUAUACCGUGCCACAGACGAGGGAAUUUGAUGGAAUUAGAUCAUCGGGUGACAUGACAUCAGAUGAAGAAGUGUCAUAUAGUCAGAAACAAAACAAAAGAACUGGAGGUUCGAACAAAAAGCAGCAGCCAGGCAAAGUCGUUAGUCAAAAUAUUAAUUAUGCCACUCCUAGAGAGAAGAAAUCCAACAGUGAAACAGAUUCAGAUUCCCAACCGGACAUUGGUAGAGGGAACAAAUACUAUGAAGAUGUUGAUGCAAAUCAUCAGAACAAGAAGAGGUCUUCCAGAAAUGGAGGAAGCCAGGUCAGCAAUGAUGAGGUCUCUACUUCACAACAGGAUAGUGAAAACAUGCACUGGCUGGCAUUUCAAGACUGUUUGUUGAGAGGAAGUGAAGAAGGUGCUAAUGCUGAGGGCAUGUUCACAAUGGAAAGGGAUGUGAAGAUGCAGAGAUACAAAAACAUUGCAAGUGAAAACCCAUUAGCACUUUCUGUGCGGGAUAGAGGUGAAAUAGGAGGUGAUAUGACUGGGGGCAGGAUCCAUGGAAGUGCAUCUCAUAAGCUUAGAGGAUCCGACGAUGAAUUUAUACUUUCCAGUGCUGAUAAUGGCUUCAGGAGAGAGAAUGAUCAAAUGGAUGUUCAAUUUAAUGAAAGUAAUGGAAGGAAGAUUUUAUUUAGAACAGCAAAAGAAGAUUUUAUGGUUGUGAGUAAGGGUGACCAAGCGAAUUUCAGGAAUUCAUUCGACCCAAUAGCUAUGAAUAAUAAUUUGGAGAGUGGCACCAAAAGAAUAGAUAGAGACUUGAAUAGAAUGAGUGAUGAAACUUUGGUUGUCCCCUCAAGGUUGAUGUCGUUGGAUCAAGAUGGAGGAACAGAUAGAACUGCUAUUGAUAUAGAUUCUGAAAUUCCCACAAAGAGUCAAAAGUUGGGCUCUGAGGGAAAUGUGAAGAAUGUAAACUACGUAGCUAAUGAUUUGAGCUUGAUGCCUGAACGGGAGACUGAUAAGAGGUCUAUUGGAUACGCCAUUGGUCUGGAGUAUGAAAUGCAGGUGUGUGCACAUGCCUCGGAUGAGAAAGGUAAAAGGAAAAUCAAUGAUGUGAGGGGUAGGUUAAGUAAAUCAGACAAGAACAGGAGGUCAAUGGCUACAUCAGACCCUCCGCAUAAACAAAAAAGUGGAGGCCCUGUGAGGAACGUCAGACCAUCAAUGAUGAGUCCCUUAGAAGAUGCGCGGGCCCGUGCUGAAAGACUAAGGUCCUAUAAAGCAGAUCUGCAGAAAAUGAAGAAAGAAAAGGAAGAGGCAGAAGCAAGGAGACUUGAAUCUUUAAAGCUGGAGAGGCAAAAGAGAAUUGCAGCUAGAGUUGGAUCCAACUCUGUAAAGCCAUCUGCCCUAUCCCAUCAGACAAAACAAUUGCCCACGAAAGUUUCUCCUACAGCGAAUAGAGGAUCUAAAUUCAGUGAUGCAGAGGCCGGGACAUCAUCUCCCUUACAGAGAUCCAAGGUCAGAAUUCCACUGGAAUCAAGUGAGACACAUAAAACCUCCAUAGGAAGUAAAAUAAGUGAUGGUACCCAAAAGCCAGGGAACAGGUUAAUGAGGUCCUUGUCAUCUUUGUCCGAGGCAAAACGAGAAAAGAAUGGUGUGAUUCCUGAUUCUAAGGCUUCUAUAUCAAGGAUCAGAAGGUUGUCAGAGCCCAAAACAGUCAACAAAUCUCCAGUUACUACAGUGAAAGCUCGAAGUGCUGAAACAGUUUUAAAACAGAAGUUGUUCGAAGGGGCUGAAAUGAACAAAGUAUCUGCUAUCAUUGAUCUUGAUCGAAGUAAGGCUGCAACUCUACCUGAACUGAAGAUCAAAACACCCAAGACACAUGUAAAGACUAGCGGGAACAAUUCAGAAGUAAAGGACUUGCAGAAUUUAAAUGGAGUGAAGCCUUCUGCAUUCCGUGGAAAUGCUGAUUUAAGUGCAAGUACUUGUAAUACAUCACAUCAGAUUGAUGCAGAUGACAACCCCAUUGUUGAGAAAACUGUUUUGGUCCUCGAGUGUGAGAGACCUUCUGUUCCUACUUUGCAUCCAUCAGAAGCAAAACCACAGGUAAGGAGUCAACAGUUGAGUAAUGGUAUCAAAGGAGAGAAAGGUAAUGUGACAUCUGAGUUGGCUUCCCUACAUGCUUCUCGCUCAUACAAGGAUGAAACUGAUAAAGAACCUCGCAGACAAAAGCAAUCUGAUCAUAAUGAGGUGAAGACUGUCUAUUCAGAGAAGGAUCCUCCCACCUCUGCCAACAUCGCAAAUGCUGAAAAUCCAUACCGAGCUCCACAUGCCCGUGUCUCCUCUUUGGAAGACCCUUGCACUCACAAGACAGAGUAUAAUAAAGCACCACAAGGAAGUGCUGAAGUGGUGUCACGUGCUGAAAAAACUGUCAGAACACUAGUGCCUGAUGUAAAAACUACUAAAACAGUGAAAGAUCAUGCACAUUCAGAGAAGGUUUCCAUGAAGGAAUCACCAAAAGGUUUUAGGCGGCUCCUGAAGUUUGGAAAGAAGAAUCACACUUCAUCCAUAGAUCAAAGUAUUGAUUCAGAGUGUACCAGCAGUGGCGUUAUUGAGCAGGAAGAUAAUGCACGAAAAAUGGCUUCAACAAGUGAAGUUGGCACAUUAAAGAAUCUAAUCUCUCAAGAUGAAAUCUCUGCAGCUGGCAAUGUGCCACAAAAGUGUACGUACUUUUUUUUGUUGAAGCAACUCGGCAUUUCUCUUUUUUCUCACACUUUCGGGGUAAAACGAGUGAAAAGAGACAAGCGACAUAGAAUUCAAGAUGUUCAGGUGUACCUUCACAACCUCACCUCGUCGGUUAUGACAAUUGCUGAAAAUGCUGAGCAAAAUUUUGAAAUCCAAAUUCAGCUCAUAAGUUUUCGGGUAAAGACGUUCAUGCUUAAUUCCUGCUUAUCCACUCAAGUUGUGCAGUUAAUCGAAUUGUUUGGAAUAGGGAACUGAUAGAGACGUGCUAUUUUCGUUUGUAAUUUGUAAUUUCCAUUAAGCAGUGUUUCUAAUGACACUGAAGCCUUUUGUAAGGCAUGUUUUCAAGAAUGGGAACUGAGAAUAAAGAAGGGGAGAAACAAGAAAAAUAAGGAAUUAGAUGCUUGAAAAUUCCUUCAGAUCCAUUACAUCAAGUGGUAUUGCAAACUUUCCAAAGGUGUGGAUCAGGAAUUGAAUCAUGAGUCCAUAAUGACCUUUCAGUAGGAUUCGAACCCUGAUGGAUUUUUCUGACCAUCUAUCAGAAAAAAAAAAAUAGAAUGAACCCAUUUUUAGGUUUCCCAAGAAAUUCUUCGAUUUCUUUCGGAAGCAAAUGCGGGACCAAGGCCCGUUUCCUUACAACUCGGCAACGUCACAUUUGAAUGUCUAAUCUACAACAAAUAAUAAUAAUAUUAGUAUUCAUAACAU